GCAGAUUGAUGACGCAAGCGUUGCUUCAGCAACCAAAUAUGCUUCUUGUGUAUGAUGAGAACUUGUCAUUGAAACUCACGUUUAAUGAGACUGGGUUUUAAUUAUUAAAUAAAAUUAUGACUACACGAAGUGUAAGUCGUGGCUAGCUCGCAUUUGUGUUAAAUUAAUCGUUUUUUAAACGCGCAAACAUUUUUAUUAGCAACGCGAGCUAACAAACAUGGGGCUGUCAGAAGAAGACGAGCUGAAAAGCCUCGUCGGUAAAAAAUCAGAAGAGACUUUUCUGGAAGUCUUGUCAAAGCUGAUAGACCUUUUAGGCAGAAAGUCAGUAGGAGACCAGAAGGAUUUCGAGAAAUGCAAACAAGACCUUUACUACCUCGGAGUACUGGAAUACUGCUCUGCUGCACUCAAAUUCAAUCCUGCCAAAACGAAAGGAAGUUAUACCUCCAUGACACAAAUGGCAGAUAUCCUCAGCACGUGCUGUGUAGGCAUCGGUUCUGUGAGAGAGGGAGAAGUGUUUCAUCGUCAGUUUCUUCCAUCUGUAACUGACAACAUCCUGUUCCUCGCGCACCGCAUCAUGAACAGAGCAAUAAGGGAUAAAGGACAAACCGAGAUGGUCCGUCUCUUUCGGAACGUCUUUAAUUCACUCAGCUGGCUUCUUAGAGCUCACACUCAUCUAAUUCCUUGUGUUCUCGACUCCAAAUAUUAUGAGAGUGUACAGAUGAGCGACGACGAUGAGGUAUCGGCAGUUAUACUCACCAUGUGGUAUAAUCUGUUCAGGACUAACAGUGCACUUCUAUCUGAGAUGCAGAGUAAAGUGUUGUACAGUAUCAUGGAUGACGUCGUGUAUAAAAUGUCGAGCAGCUCGAACCCUGUGAUCGGCAGCACCGCUGUAAAGAUUUUGCUGUUGAUCAUCGAGCAGAAGAGUCCCUCCAUCUUUCUGCAGCCUCACAAACGCUACAAAGGGCUGGAUGAUAUGGUGCAGAAGGACUGGCGCGGUAAAGGCUUCGAUGCAGCACUGAGACAACUCAUCCAUCAACUUCAGUCUGAAGAUCCCGAAAAACACACUCAGGCUCAACACUCAUCUGAGGAGAGGGUUCAAGCAGCCUGCGUGAUCCAGGCUUCGUGGAGAGCUCAUCAGACCCGAUGCAGGCUGAAGAAACUUCCCAGAGCCGUGAGUGUAUUACAGCGGAGCUUCAGAGAACGGAGACGCCAGAGGCAGGCAGAGACAGAGAAACGUCUUGCGGAAGAAGAACUGCGUCAUCAAGUGCGUCUGCGCAGACAGAGAGCGAUCCGGCAGUUCCACCAGCGGCAGCUGCAUCUGAUGGAGAUUCUGCCUGCAGAGCACCUGGCGCGGUUCCUGGGCGAGUUGGAGAACAAAGCAGCUCUGCUGAUCCAGAGAGUGUGGAGAGGACACAGAGAGAGACGACGGUUUAAGCAGAAUAGAUAUCAUCUCCGACAGCACAAAGCUGCAGUGACUCUGCAGAGAGCGAUUCUGGCGUUCCUAAAGCGACGACGUUCUCGGAGGAACUUUGCAGCACCGUGGAAAAGCCCUAAAGGCCUGACUGAGAGCAGGAGGGCAGAACUGAAGAGACCGAUAGAAGACCACAUCUCUCUUCACCCCUCCUCCGUGGUGUCAACAGAGGGUACUCUAGUGCUCCAUGAGAAAGCUCAGAGCGCGCUGCAGCAGCACCUGAUGACAAGAGCUUCGGAUCGGGCUCAGGAGCAGCACCGGCAAGCUCUCGUGGCUCAGAUCAACACGGACAUGGAGCUCCUGCUAAAUGCUCCCUCAUUGAAAGAUAUACGUGAGGAAGACUCCUGCCUCUUCCUGAGCCGCUCAGCACCAGUGGCCAUGCGUGCCCGGCAAGCCCACAAUGCCUUGCUUCAGAGCAUGAACCUACCCUGGUGGAGAAGGCUGGGAGACGAGUUCUCCAGUCCGGAGUCACCUUCUCAGAAAGACUAUGACGUGGAGUUUGAGACUUUGUAUCUGGGCAGGUGACGAUCGUUUACAACUAUGUUACUUUUUACAUACCAGAUUUACACGGCUGUUUUUAUGCCUUUACGGUGUUUAUCCAUGAGUUUCAUCACAAUCUUGAUUCUGUACCAGCAAAAGGAACGAUAUGAAUAAAGAGUCUCAUCAUUCUCAAUUGCAACAAUCUGUGAGUUAUUAAUAAAUCCCAAGUGAUCUAUUGUUUUGUAUGCCCCAGCGCUGUUGAAUUCUCGAAUCUUAUUGGUCAGAAGGCAUCGAAUAAUUUUCUGUAACAGCAACGACGGUGAUAUGUUUCUGUCCAGUUUCAAUAGUAACAACUAAUCCACAGGGACUUGUAAGGCAUAAAUGGAUGUUGCUUUUUUUUUUGUUUAACAAAGAAAAUGCGUCACCGUUGAUAUGGCAACGUUUUCUGUAAGGAGCGGUUUAUUUAACGUUUAUGGAAGGAGUCUCCAUUGUCAGGUCCACAAAAUGGAAUGUAGGCUUUCAGACUUUCAUGCUUUUCUGUAAUAUGUUUUGCAACCCAAUUAAA